UUCACGGUCUGGGUCCAGAAUGAGUCCCUGCUAUGCUCCCGUGUACAGUUUGCUUACACAAAAAGCCACCUCUGACCUCUCUUUCUUCCUUUCAGUUCAGAAACUCCCCUCCAUGACCGUACAAUCUAGUAUGGUUAGUAAUCUACAAUGCUUCUUGUCUUAAAGCCAAAGCAUUAAGUUAAUGUUUUUUCAUUAGACCAAAUGGGUAAGGCUUCCAAAUGGUUUCGCGGCCUUCUCGGUCUCAAAAGACCAGACUCGCCGUCUCCCAAAGAAAAACGCCGCUGGACCUUCGUCAAGUCCUACAGAGAAAAGGACCCCACCCGCAUCGUAGCCGCCACCCCCCGCCGCUGCCCUGCCACCACCGCCGGAGGCAAUACUCCUGAAGAAUGGGCUGCCGUCAAGAUUCAAGCCGCCUUUCGAGGCUCUUUGGCAAGGAAAGCCCUUCGAGCGUUGAAAGGAUUGGUGAAGCUACAGGCAUUAGUGAGAGGUCACAUUGAGAGGAAGCGCACAGCAGAGUGGCUGCAAAGAGUGCAAGCACUCUUACGUGUACAGGCCCAAAUCCGUGCUGGCCGGGCCCAAAUUUUGCACUCCCCCUCUUCCACUUCCCACCUCCGUGGUCCAGCUACACCAGACAAAUUUGAAAUCCCCAUCAGAUCCGAGAGCAUGAAAUAUGAUCAGUACUCGUCACCACUACUCAAGAGAAACAGCUCUAAAUCCCGUGUACAGAUCAAUGGCGGCAAUCAAGAGAGAUGCAGGAGUAGAUCAUCAGAUAGUCGCAUUGAUGAACAACCAUGGACUCAACGAAGAUCAUGGACCAGAGGCUGUAGUAUGGAUGAAGAGAGAAGUGUGAGGAUUCUAGAAAUUGAUUCUGUAAAACCACACGUGACAUCAAAACGUAGAAACCUCUUCUACUCCCCUAGCCAAGCUAUGGUUGUUUCGGACCAUUACAGUGGGUGUAAUUUAACCACCACAAGUCCAUCUUCUUAUAAUAGCCCUCUAAAAAUCAACGAGCUUGAGGAGAGUUCAUUUUGCGCUGCUGAUAAUAGUCCUCAAGCUUUAUCUUUAUCUUCCUCUUCUAAAGAUGGUGCCUCCAAAAGAAGCCCUCUUACUCCUACCAGGAGUGAUGGCUCAAGAAGCUUCUUAAGUGGUUAUUCUGAACCAAACUAUCCAAGUUACAUGGCUUACACAGAGUCUUCAAAGGCAAAGUUAAGAUCUCUGAGUGCUCCAAAGCAGAGGCCACAGUAUGAGAGGUGUAGUUCAUCAAACAGGUACUCGCUUCAUGGAUUGGCCACACAAAGGAUAGCCGCAUUACACGCAAGCUUCACUAACAAAGCUUACCCUGGUUCUGGUCGUUUGGACAAGCUUGGAAUGCAUGUCCCGUAUAAAUACUGACCCACGUAUAUGUUUUGUUUGAAUAUGGAUUUUGAGUGUAUUGUUAUCUAAUCUUGCUAUGCUAACCUAUUGUACGUACGUAUUUAGCUCUAAACCCUUUAAUUACUUUCUAAGUUGAAGUUUAGUUUUCUUUUGUAUGAAUUCUAUGAUCAGAGAUUCAGCUUCAAAUGACUUGUUCUAAUGUUCUCUCGAGACUUCCUUGAGUGGGUUCUUCCCAACUCCUAUAGUAUGUAAAAACUCUCUUUUGCUUGACUAGUGAAAUCUUUCGUGGGGUUCAGUUCUUCUCCAA